AUGAAAGCGCUUGUCCGUUGGUCCUUUUCAUUUACUCCUCUGCCGCUCCUUCGAGAAGGCCCCCCACAAACCGCUACCCACCUCCGCUUGACCACCGCUAACCACCUUUUCUUUAAACCCCGACAGGGCGUCCUGCUCACCUUUAGCGUCAUCUUCGCCCUCAGCGCGCAGCUCCUUCGCCCCUCCUUCGAGAAGCUCCCCCCCCCAAUUGCUAACCACCUCACCUUGACCACUGCUAACCACGGCGUCCUGCUCACCUUCAGCGUCAUCUUCUGCUUCAGCGCGCAGCUCCUCUGCCGCUCGUUCGAGAAGCUCCCCCCCAACGCCGAACCAAGCUACCCGGGCCUCGGGUCCCACGCGUGCGGCGCCGCGGGCCAAUGGGCGGUCCUGGUUGUCGCCUUCACCGAGUUUUUCGGGGCCGCGUGCAUGUGCCUCAUCGUGACGUGGCAGUCGGUGGCGCUGCUGUUCCCAGCGGGGGCGGGGCUGUGCAUGGUCGGCACAUGCCUGUCGCUCAGGCACUCCGUGAUUCUCGGCAGCCUGGCAGCCGUCCUCCCGUCCAUCUGGGUUCGCGGCUUCUCGCGCCUCACCGGCAUCGCCAUCUCCGGCGUCUCGUCCAGUCUCCUGCUGACAGCUGUCGUCGUGGGCGCUCUCCUUUUGGACCCCGACUCGGCGCAAGUGACCGGGACCGGCGCGCAUCAGCACACGUUCGUCAAGGCGGCGUCACUUCCAACCGGCGCGGGGAUCAUGAUUGUGUCGCUGUCGGGGCACGCGGGGCUGCCGUCGUUGCGCAGGAGCAUGCGCCGGCCGGAGCACUUCGAGCGGUGCCUGUACAUCGCGUUUGGCACCAUGUUUCUCGUGUACGCUCUAAUGGGCGCCGCCGCUUAUCAGUACUUCGGUGAAAGCUGUUCCGUUCUCGUCACCCACAAUCUGGCAACUUCUUCCUCUGUCGCGGGGUGGAAGCUUCUCAAGUUGGGCGCGUUCGAGAUCAGCCUCUCGCAGCUGCUCUCCGCUCUAGUUGCGCUCAGUUCCUUCUCCACGAUCUCGCCGCUCGUGUUCGUGCUCGCGGAGCUUAUCAUCGACAUGGCGCAGGGGACCACGAAAGCGCGCGCAUCAGCGAUCGUGGAGCGUUGUUUGCGGACAGUGGUCCUGGGCGUGGCGUACGCGGUGUCCGUGGUGGCGUACGACGUGCUGGGCUACGUGGAGUCGCUCGUGGGCGGAGUGGCCAGCAUGUGCUCCUCGCUGCUGCUGCCAGGUGUCUUCUACUACGUGUUGCACCGGAACGAGAUGGGUUUGCGGCAACGGACUCUAGUAGCUGCGCUGGUGUGCGUAGGGGCAGCUUGUGCGGUGUUCAUCGGAGUGAUAGACGUCGAGAAGCUCAGAAGGACAAAAGCGCCCGGUUACCUUCCGCCGUCUUGAAUCAGUUCUCAAUUCGCGAUUUCGACAGUCAUUUGAUCGGAACCAACCAUUCAAAGACGUGCUUCGAAGAGCACCAUUAG